CUCUUCCUCUUCCUCUUUCGCAGAAGCCGAAAAGCCUCUGCUUCUCAAACCCCCAAACCCCAAACCCCUGAACGUCACCGUUUCAGUGGUGACAAACGAUAAAACCAUAACGAAAUCCUACAAAGUUCAACCGCUCUUUGAAACACCAAUUUUGAGCUUCUAAUGACUGGGAGCUUAGUCGCUAGCUUGGGAUCCGACACCCAACCAGGCGGGCACUCGGAUCAUUUGGAUCCUCUAUCUAAUGGUUUUUCCUCCAUUGCUUCGCAAAGAAGAAUCGAGUUCCACCCGGCGAGGAAGGCCUUCAAGGGCUUCAGCAAUGGCGGCGGCGAUUUCCGGCUCGAGACUCUGAAUCCCGGCAGCGGUUCGGAGCAGCGGCGAUCCGGGUCGAGCCCAGGUUUGACUGGGAAGAAAGGGGAUGGGUCAGAAUUCUUGGAAAACGGGUUGGAUCCUGAGCUCAGCUUCGGGAUUACCGUGCGCAGAAUUGGUGCUGGUCUGCAAAAUCUCGGAAAUACUUGCUUUCUCAAUUCAGUGUUGCAGUGCCUAACAUACACAGAGCCUUUAGCAGCAUACCUGCAAAGUAGCAAGCACCAAAAUUCUUGCCAUAUUGCUGGAUUUUGUGUUUUAUGCGCCAUCCAGAAACAUGUUAGCUGUGCUCUACAAUCAACUGGGAGAAUAUUAGCACCUAACGAUUUUGUCAGGAACUUACAGUGCAUAUCUCGGAAUUUUAGAAAAGCUAGACAGGAGGAUGCACAUGAGUACAUGGUAAACUUGCUGGAAUCAAUGCAUAAAUGCUGCUUGCCUUCUGGAGUGCCUACCGAAUCUCCUGGUGCGUAUGAGAAAAGUUUGGUACACAAGAUUUUUGGAGGUCGCCUCAGGAGCCAGGUUAAAUGCUUGCAAUGUUCUUAUUGCUCCAAUACUUUCGAUCCAUUCUUAGAUUUAAGCCUUGAAAUAGUCAAGGCAGAUUCCUUGCAUAAAGCACUUGCGAACUUCACUGCUGCAGAGCAGUUAGAUGGAGGAGAAAGGCAAUACCAGUGCCAACAAUGCAAGCAGAAAGUUAGGGCUCUUAAACAGCUCACCGUUCACAAGGCACCAUAUGUCCUAGCUGUCCAUUUGAAGCGGUUUCAUUCUCAUGAUCCUGGGCAAAAGAUUAAGAAGAAAAUUCACUUUGGUACUACACUAGAUUUGAAACCCUUUGUCAGUGGUUCCUAUGAGGGAGAUCUGAAAUAUACCCUUUAUGGGGUUUUGGUUCACGAUGGUUGGAACACCCAUUAUGGCCAUUAUACUUGCUUUGUUCGCACUUCAAAUGGAUUUUGGUACUAUCUCAAUGACAAUCAGGUUUCCCCAGCCAAUGAGAAGAGAGUUUUAGAACAGCAAGCUUACAUGUUGUUUUAUGUUCGUGAUAGAAGAAAUAUUGUUCCAAGGAAAAUGCCCACUGAUGUUGCUCAGAAAGAGAACUUUAAAGCUACCGCUAAUGGAAACAGAACAUCUUCCACUUUCAACCAAGGUUUAAAGGAGACGGUUAAAAAUGGUCCUGUAGAGAAUCGGUUAAGUGGUGCAACCUCUGCUACUGAUGUUACUCGAAAAGAUGCAUCAAAUGUUGGUCCAUCAAUGGCACCCCUUAUGAAGGAAGCACCGGUUAAGAAAAAUAACAGCCUGAUAAUUACAGAAUGUUUGGUGGCAAAAAAGGAUUUUGUAUCAGAACCUUUCUCAAAGGUGCCAUUAUCAAACAACACGCAUGAAGGGCUUCCUGUUACUAAUACAAAAUCCAGAGAAGGCAUUUCACCAUCAGCUCCAUCUGGUAAUGGUGAUGCUCCCAAUCUUGAAAAUACACCUGAAGGCAAAAUUAGUGACAACAAUGAAAACAGAAGUUCAAAGAAUGACUUGAGAGUCUCAGUUGCAACAUCACCUAACUUCAAUGACCCCCAAAGCUCUUCUGCUUCUAAACUUGCGACAGAUGAGACCUCUCAGAAGAUUAAUCUUGUUUCACAUGUAGCUCCAUCAGACAGUCUGAAUGAUAAAACAUUAAAUGAAAUCAAACCAGUUGGACAUACACCCAAGGAAAUUGCUGUUGGUAAUUCACUGGUUGUGGAUGCUGGUGGUAGGGUUCAAAAAAUUGCUCUUGAUGAGUCGGUAAAAUUAUCUAGCUCAUCAAUCAUGCCAAAUGGAUUACAGACAGAAGCUCAUGCUUGCAAGCGCCACAAAAAACUGAAAAAGAGGGCUCUGAAGUGUCAGGUGGCAAGCAUGCCAAAAUACAAAUGGCUCCUUUUACAGGCAUCCUCAUUGCAGAAGAAGAAGAAACACAAAAGAAACAGAAGGCACAUUUUGGACGUAAAGAAUCUUAGCAGAGAACACUUGUUGGAUGGUGACUGCAUCUCAGCAGAUAUGGGGCCAUCUACAUCUGAGAGUAUCCGGACAAUGCCCUUAGAUUCAACUCCACCUCUGAGAAAAGGAACUAAAUCUGGUUCAAAAAAGAGAGCUAAAAAUGCUGCUGCAAAGGAUUUAGUAAACUCUAAUGGUGAUUGCUUGAUGGAUAAUAUGAUAGAUGGUGAAUUUAGACACAGAAUUGAUCAGAAUGGAACUGUGCUUGCAAGUGAUGAGCCAUUGGAAAAGAGCUCCGACUCUAUCUCUAGCUCUAGCUUGUUAGCAGACCAGUUGGUAGCAGGACGACCCAAUGGUCCAAAAGAUAGCAAAAGAGAAGUAGUCCAGAAUGGUUUGAUGAGUAUGCUUACCCGGGGUCUGGAGGAGACACAGGUUGCUCGUUGGGAUGGGAUAGACUUGCCUUCAUCUCAGAUUGCAGCAUCAAAUGAUGCGGAGCGUAGCAGCAUCGGUUACAUACCAGAUGAAUGGGAUGAAGAAUAUGACAGAGGAAAGAGGAAGAAGGUGAGGCUCCCUAAGGAAAGUUUUGGUGGACCAAAUCCUUUCCAAGAAAUUGCAAUGAAGAAAACUCAAUUUAAGAAGCCUAAGGUGGACCGAGCUAGCUCUGGAAAUCAACCAUUCAGGAUAUGAAGAAACUAGGCUCACAUGAAUGGAGUGUAUGCUUGACUUAUUGUUAUAUUGUUCAGCUGAAAUUUUGAGGGGGAGAGUGCUAGACUGAUCUUAUGUUUUUUGGAUUUUUUGCUCUGGAGGGAGAGUUGGGGGUUUCUGUAUUUGUUUUGUUCCUGUUGGAACUAAUGUUAGAAAACUGUAUUAGCUGAACAAGUAAUCUUAUGUUUGAGCGACGAUUAAGCUAUUUUCCUAAUACAAUAGAUGAAUAAUUUAACAUUA